AUGCCUAGGGAACCCAAGCAGAAGGUGGCCGCUGGCGGUCGCAAGACCAAGGCCAAGAAGGACCCCGCCGCGCCCAAGCGGCCGCUGAGCGCGUACAUGUUCUUCAGCCAGGACUGGCGCGAGCGUGUCAAGGCCGAGAACCCCGAGGCGGGCUUUGGCGAUGUUGGCCGCCUGCUCGGUACCAAGUGGAAGGAGAUGAGCGAUGAAGAGAAGAAGCCGUACAACGACCUCGCGAACCGUGACAAGGCGCGUGCCGAGGCCGAGAAGGCCGCUUACGCCAACAAGGAAUAA